CCUUGAUAUCACGGCAAUAUGCAUUCCUCGUGGUUCUCAUACCCUAUUUCGAGGCCGUAUCCAUUUCGGUGGUUUACACCAGUCACCUUGGUCGGAGGUGUGGUUCUGGCUGUCCUCUUCACUUUGAUCAACCUGGGCUCUAGUGGUUUCUACCUAAAAUCCGAGUUCACAUCAGAUCCUAACAGCACAAUUUCUGGCCAAUUGCAGUGGUUUAUGAAACCACCUUUUAGCGGGGAAAACAGCCUGGAGCCAAAAUGCGAACCCAAGAUGUUAUCGGUUGGAGAUAGCUUCUUCACCAGUCGGCUAGGAUUCCAAUACACAAUCAAGUCACUCAGGCGCUUCAACGAGAGCGACGAAUCUAUGGAAACUCUCCCGUCGAUCCCUUACUUGAACAAUACCCUCGAAGAUUGUUUCCUUGAUCGAGCAUCUCUCAAACUCAUAAAGUCCGACGCCAUCGGGUCCCGUACGUGGUGGAUUUCCUGGUCUGCCGCCUCGACUGUCGAGGCAACGGCGGCGUGUAGGAUUAUGACGCAGCAUGGUCGUAUCAACAUCUCGCUUGCUUUGCAGUAUCAGGGAAGAGCUGAUCAUCUUUAUGGGCUACUCAAUGCCUAUCUUGCUGGGGUCUGGCAAAUUAUGGCACUCACACAACAAGUUUCUGGGGCAAAGGACGAUCAUUAUUGGGCUUUUGGGGACAUCGCAUACAUUCGAAAUUUAUCCGAACAAAAUAUUCGGACUAUAGACUUUUUCAAAUCCGAUGCAUGGAUCGCGUCUUCGCAUGGAAGGAUCGUAACUACCAGUAUGGUCGUUGUAGACUCUCCUCUUGGCUUUGCUAACGACUUCUCAGCUACCAAGAACUUGACUUAUCUGUUUGAGAAUCCCAAGGAUCCUUUGUCGCCUGUUACGACAGAAGGGCUACACUACGCCAAGCUCCUGCACUCCCUCAUCUCAAUCGACCUCGGCAACUGCCAGGCGCCGAACCUACUUUUAAGCGACGACGGCCUCAAAUAUGCUAUCGACGCCCCUGAUUCACCGAACAGGAAGCCAAAGAAGGACCUUGACUGUGGCACAAGGAAUUACAAGGGCAGCAUGGACCGAUACUGCAAAAUACCUCGCCCAUAUACAUUCUACGAUAAGAACCUCACGUUUCUCAAUGAUACGUACGAUGAGUUUAGGCCUCUUACGGGGAAGCGCGGUUGCAAGAACUCGACCAUUGUUGCGCAGUAUCUCUGCUCUGUUCCCGAGAGCAAGAGCGCUGGGACCAUGAUUUUAGCGAUUGUCAUCGCAAAUCUGGUUUUCCUGCAGGCAGCUUGGAGGCUCCUGGGAUUGGCAGCACAGGCUAUGUUGCCAAAUGCGGACCCUGAUGCUAUGAUUUGUGAAGGCUGUUUGAAAGGCAAUAAGGCGAUGGAACAAGUCUCGAGCAGGCCGGUCAGUCGGAAUAGCGGUACUGACUCUGGAGAUGAGAGCACGGCGCAACUGGUACAACGAUAG